AUGGACAUGACCACAGAAACCACCACAUCAGCCAUCACGAGCGCCAGUACCACUGCCACCAUGGCCUCUACCAACUGCAAGAUCUCAAUGCUCUGGAACUGGAACACCGUGGACGCUUGCUUCAUCUCCUCAUCCUGGCACAUCACCUCCCCAAGCAUGUUCGCGGGCUCCUGCAUCGGAGUUAUCCUCCUCGUCAUAUGUCUAGAACUUCUCCGUCGGGUUGCCAGCGAAUACGACGCGUUCAUCAUCAACCGCGCCAGACUUAAAGCUGAUACUGAUACUGGGAGCGAUCAACCCAACAUCGCAGUUCCUAAUGACCGCUCCACAGAUAGACCCGCCAAAAGACCCAUCCCAUGGACGCAGUCAGGCUCACUUUCAGCCCUACCUCCUGUUCCGGAGUUAGUAGAGGAGGGUGAAGAAGAAGAAGAAGAUAAUGAACCAAUGCCUAACGCGCCAGAAACUACAUCACAUCCUAAUAUACACCCCGAUAACCAGUCAAAAUUCACAUUCAGACCCAGCAAGAUCGAGCAACUCAUCCGAGCCACCCUGCAUGUAUUGCAAUUUGCUGUGGCGUAUUUUGUGAUGCUGCUGGGGAUGUACUACAACGGGUAUAUUAUUCUUUGUAUCUUUGUUGGGGCGUUUGUGGGGUUUUUGCUCUUUUCGUGGGGGAGUCUUGGUACUAGGCAGUGA